CGGCGGUGGGGCGAAUCCCCAGUGGAUUCGCGCGGGGCGGACGUAUAUUUUGAUACGUCCUGAGAGAGAGAGAAGAUGGAAGCCGGCAGCGAUUCCGACGUGCCGGAGGAGCUCAUGGCUCAGGAGGGCAUUAAGCAAGAUGAAGAAAUUCGAAAAGUCCCCAGAGAGAAUAUUAUAAGGGUGGCUCAAGAAGGAAAAGAACGGAGGAGACAGUGGGCACAAAGGAAACCUCAACUCAAAUCAAGCACGGAGCACACUAUAGAAGUUAAAGAGACAGAACAACACCAGGAGGCAACCUAUAUAUCAGGAAUGCUUCCAAGCAAUAUUGUUGAAGCUCUUGCAGCCCAUGAGAAGCUAACCUUCUCGUCAGACUCUGAGGAAGAGAUCAUAAAUCAUAAACCUGCCACAAGAAAGAAAAAGCAGAAGUCCUCUGGGCCUGAGACAGUUAUUCUAAAAGACAUCCCUCCUGCCCGAUGCAUGCAGAAUUCCGUGGAGUUUUUGACGAGGAGAAAGAUGCAGGCCCCAAGAUCAACUUCAGUUCUAAAAAAUGCAAAUCAGGGUAAUUAGCAGCUGGAACACUUGACAUGAUGAGGUUGGCUUCUGUGCAACUAAAGAAAGAACAGGUUCGUUCUAGUUUCAGAGAUAUUGCAAGCCUUCUGAAGGGUUGUGGUGUUUCAAAAUUUUAUAAAAAGGUUUUUUUUUCUUUUUUUGCAUUUACCAUCGAUAUUUAUAUAAUAAGCAGCGGAAACCAAUUGUAAUUCAAACAAAACACCUUUGUUUACACUAUUUCUAAAUCACAGGAUAUCUAAUUGUGAAGUGUGGUUUAGUGGGUGUCAAAAAA